CCGGAGCCCGAGGGAGCCGGUCGGUGCUCUUAGCGGGGAUCUCUGGAAACCUGCGCGCGCUCCCAGUCGCAUGGGCGGGGCGGGGUGGGGCGGGGCCGGGUUGCAUGACGUCACUGGGAAGUCCCCAUAAGAGCGGAGCGCGGGCUCUGCAGCCACCGGGUCCCGCCUGGCUCCCGAGCGCGAACGAGCUGUGCCCUGGGCUGCAUCCCGUGCGCUAGUCCUCCCGGCUCGGUCCCGGUGCGCGGCUGCUGCAGAGGUACUUGGUGUGCGGGGACUGAGUUCCCCCAGGCUUCUGCCAUAGCUCCCCACCGGCUGCUAGCUGACAUGCCUGGCAAGAAGGCGCGCAAGAACGCGCAGCCGCUCCCUCCCAGGGUCGUGACAGAGCCUGAAGUGGAGUGUGCCAUUCAACUCAGGAAAAUUGGUGACAAACUGGAUUUUCGGCAGAAGAUUCUAAAUCUGCUAGCCAAAUUUUUCCGCUCAGGUACCUGACUGCUUCCAAAGCUUUCGAAUGAGGAGACUCCUUUGCAAAAGAAGUUUCUUCAGAAGGUGCAACUUUUUAUCAAUUAGAGGAGAGACUGCCUUGUAACGGAGGAGAAUGUGAAGGAGCUCUCAUUUGCUUCUAGAAGCCCCUGGAAAUGAAGAUGAUAAAGACAAGAAUGAAUGUCUGCUGGAGGUUUCUCAGAAGUCAUUCUUUGGGGUCUAAGGACAGUCUAGCCCACUUCGUUUCUUAUAAAGCAGGCUUGAAAGAGCUUUGAAAAUAGAUACUUCAUUUUGUUUCUGCCUAGAGAAUUCUUCUGGUAUUUUGCUGAAGGUUUGCUACUCACCCCCAGCCAGUGGAAAGAGUUAACAAACAUGAUGGGAAUGGGCCAAGGAAGACAGACAGAAUAUGCUCAGUGUCUGUUUGUUUUUAGAUGACAAUUGCAGAACAAUGUCUUAAUAUUUGGUUUGUAUAGAUUAUCUUGUUUGACAGAAGAAUUUCAUUCUGAGAACACUGAGUUAUUUACUGAAUGUUGAUUUUUUUUUUUUUCUUUCUUAUAGGCCACUACACAAUAGAAAACAACUUGAUUUUUUUUUUUUUGCUUUUGACUGAGCAUGUUUCUGUUUAGAUGACCUUUAGUUCAAUGUGCUACUCUGGUUCUUCACUAGACAAGUGUGUACAGUGCAGGAGUAUUACUUGAUGCCAGUAAAAUCCUUGCAGAGUGAAUAUUAAACAUAAAGAACAUGGGGGUUUUGCAUAAUUGGGAAUCAUGGGGAAAAAGUGAAUUAGACCUUAUGCUGCUAUACCUAAAUUUAGUAAAAAUAUUAGGAUACUAUAAAGUAGCUGUUGGUACAAAAAAAAAAGUAUGUAUUUCUAAAGCUGUUUCUAGAAGCUGUAAAAAUGAUACCCUUUUCUGCACCAGCCUGUAUGCUUCUUAUAAAAAGUGAUCCUAUAAGGGAAAUUAAGAUUGUUUUCGUAAUUGGGAAUUUUUGUUUUUCAAGAAAUGAAAAGGAACAGAUUGCUCAUCCAGAAAAAAAAAAAUCCCAUUUAAGUACAUAGAUAUUGCAGGUGUCGUUUGCAUUUGAGUAAUAGGAAGAUUCUGGGAAGGACUUUGUACAUUUCAUGGUUUCAUUAUUAAAAGGCCAGGCCAGCAAAACAAAGUUUCAUAUAUAUAUAUAUAUAUGAAAAAAGAAAGUAUAGUAAUUAGCAUAGUUAACUUUCAGCAGGAAUGAUCUUAUUUAUUUUUACCUAUUUAUAAUAGACUAUUUUCUGCUGAGUCGAAAGUGUUCACUAGUGAAACUCACAUUCUUGGAUGAUGAGGCAAGGGCCUUGUGAUUACUUGAACUCUUACAGUAAGAAUGUUUUCAUAGAGGCAGUUGUCACCUUAGAUGAAAUUACCUCAGCAUCUGCUUUUCUUCAGUAUUACAUAAAGCUAGUUACAAAGGUUUUUUUUUUUUUUUUUUUUCUUUUUUUCUUAAAUCUACCUGGAAGCAGGUAUUUUGCCAUAUGGUUAUUUAUGGUCUAUAACUGUAUUUAUACGUGUAUACACAUAUAAAAGUUGAUACUGUAGCUGUAAGCCAUUAAACGUUAUCGCUGUUC